AUGAAAGUCCUAUACAUUUUGUUCCUUCUGUGGCAUAUUGCUAACGGAGAUGAACAUACCCAUACCUACAAAGACAGAGAGCAGGUGGUGCUGUGGAUGAAUACGGUGGGUCCGUACCAUAAUCGCCAAGAGACGUAUGCAUACUUUUCACUGCCUUUUUGUGCUGGUACUAAAGUUACAAUAGGUCAUUACCAUGAGACUUUAUCGGAAGCUCUUCAGGGAGUCGAGUUGGAGUUAAGUGGAUUGGACAUCACAUUCAAAGAAAAUGUUCCAGCACAACAAUUUUGUGCCAUAGAACUCGAUGAGCAGUCAUAUAAAGCACUCGUCUACGCCGUGAAAAACCACUAUUGGUACCAAAUGUACGUAGACGAUCUUCCAAUUUGGGGAAUUGUCGGAGAAAUUGAUGGUGACAAUUAUUACAUUUGGACCCACAAGAAAUUCGACAUCGGUUACAAUGGAAAUCGAAUUGUUGAAGUUAACCUUACGGCAGAGAAUAAAGAGAAACUAGUACCUAAUGCAAAAAUUCCUUUCACUUAUGAAGUGAACUGGAAGAAGAGAGAUAUUAAGUUUGAAGAUCGUUUUGACAAAUAUCUGGACCCGAAUUUUUUCCAACACAGGAUUCAUUGGUUUAGCAUCUUCAACAGUUUCAUGAUGGUUAUUUUCUUGGUAGGUCUUGUAUCCAUGAUCCUUAUGAGAACUCUUCGUAAGGAUUACGCCAGAUACUCCAAAGAUGACGAUCUUGAUGACUUGGAGAAGGAUUUGGGAGAUGAAUAUGGCUGGAAACAGGUUCAUGGUGAUGUAUUUAGGCCUGUCCCACAUCUUGCAUUAUUCUCAGCUCUAAUAGGUGCUGGACAUCAAUUAACUGUUGUUACACUAGCUGUUAUUAUUUUCACUAUAUUUGGUGAACUGUAUACAGAAAGAGGAUCCCUCCUAUCAACAACGAUUUUCAUUUAUGCAGCGACAUCACCGGUCAAUGGAUAUUUUGGUGGUUCCUUGUACGCUAGAAUGGGCGGCAGACUCUGGAUCAAACAAAUGUUGUUAUCUGCCUUCCUGUUGCCUGUAUUGGUUUGUGGUACAGCAUUCUUCAUCAAUUUCAUUGCAAUGUAUUAUCAUGCAUCCCGAGCUAUACCUUUUGGCAGUAUGAUUGCUGUUAUGUCCAUUUGCACAUUUGUGAUCCUACCAUUAACCUUGGUUGGUACAGUUCUUGGACGUAAUCUAGCAGGACAACCUGACUAUCCAUGCCGCAUUAAUGCUGUACCGAGACCGAUCCCGGAGAAGAAAUGGUUUAUGGAACCAUUCAUUAUCAUCAUCAUGGGUGGUAUUUUACCAUUUGGUUCUAUAUUUAUUGAAAUGUAUUUCAUCUUCACUUCAUUCUGGGCUUACAAGAUCUAUUAUGUCUAUGGAUUCAUGUUGCUCGUUUUUCUGAUUCUGAUGAUUGUAACUGUGUGUGUUACGAUUGUAUGCACCUACUUCCUGUUGAAUGCCGAGGAUUACCGCUGGCAGUGGACAAGUUUCUUAUCUGCUGGAAGUACUGCAUUAUAUGUGUACCUGUAUUCAUUCUACUACUUCUUGUUCAAAACAAAGAUGUAUGGUUUGUUUCAAACAACCUUCUAUUUCGGUUAUAUGGCUCUCUUCAGUUUAACUUUGGGAAUAAUCUGUGGUACUGUUGGUUAUAUCGGUACAAGCUUCUUUGUGAGAAAAAUUUAUGCAACUGUCAAGAUUGAUUAA